AUUUUUACAUGGCAACAUUUUGACAGAAUGUAACGUCAAAAUUGCCGAAAAGAGAGUUGUUUUUGUGAUUGUAUUCCUUUUAUUUUCGUAAUCUCAUUUCUAAUUUCUAUUAACAAUGAAUUUAUCGGAAGACAAUCCUUUUGGCAAUGGCUUACUUUAUGUAGGCUUUAAUCAGGAUCAAGGCUGUUUCGCCUGUGGGACAGAGAAUGGAUUUCGCGUAUUCAACAGUGACCCGCUUAAAGAAAAAGAACGUCAGAAUUUUGCACAGGGGGGGCUGUCCUAUGUGGAAAUGCUAUUUAGAUGCAACUACAUGGCUUUGGUUGGUGGUGGAAAAACACCUGUGUACCCUCCAAAUAGAGUCAUUAUUUGGGAUGACUUGAAGAAGGAUUCCGCAAUAUCUUUAGAGUUCAACAGUUCUGUGAAGGCAGUGAAGCUGCGGAGAGACCGCAUCGUGGUGGUCCUGGAAAACUUGAUAAAAGUGUACACAUUCACGGCGCAGCCCCAGUUGCUGAAUGUGCUGGAGACGUGCGCAAACCCGCGCGGGCUGUGUGUGGUGUGCCCCAACAGCAACAAUGCCCUGCUGGCAUACCCCAGCCGGAAAACUGGACAUGUUCAGCUAGUAGAACUAAGCUCGCAAGCGGGCUCAAGCAACACUCCGGAAGGCCACCUGAUCCCGGCCCACGAGGCGCCGCUCAGCUGCCUCGCGCUCAACGUCGGCGGGACCCGGCUCGCCACCGCCUCCACCAAGGGAACUCUGAUUAGAGUGUUCGAUACUGCGUCCGGACAGAAGCUGGCUGAGCUGAGGAGAGGAGCCAAUCAGGCGACGAUAUACUGUAUCAACUUCAACCACACCAGCACUAACCUGUGCGUCACAUCAGACCACGGCACCGUGCAUGUCUUCAGCCUUGAGGAUGACAAACUGAACAAGCAGUCGAGUCUGGCAACUGUUAAUUUCCUGCCGAAAUACUUCUCUAGCAACUGGAGCUUCUGCAAGUUUACCAUCCCGAACGGGCCGCCCUGUAUCUGCGCGUUUGGUGUGGACAAAAGCUCUAUUAUUGUGAUCUGCGCGGACGGUUCCUACUACAAAUACAAGUUCAACGAGAAGGGCGAAUGCACCAGAGACGUGUACGCGCAGUUCCUAGAGACGUCCGAAGACAGAUAGAUGGCGCCACUAGCGGCUGAGCCUAAUGAUCCACCAGCGGUGACACGCGACGAGGUUGUGGCCUGAUUCAUGGUUUUAUAUGUUUAUAUUGUAAAUGUUGCGGUAACCCUGCAGCGCUGUUGCGAGAAUACUGAAAGUAGGCGUGAGAGGGUUAAGUUGUUGUCUAUGCCACGCGUGUUGUGUGCCUUUUAAGAUGUUGAAUGAGAGUUUUUGAUGAUAGUAAGGUAGGAGUUGUAGGUACAAGUUAGUCUACUUUUAGUAUUUUUCAAUAGCUAGCUCUGUCCAGUGACUAGAGAAUGCUAGGGUUUAAACUGUCACAACAUUGAAUGUGAUCAAAGAAAUUUUAUAAAUUUAUAUAUAUUAGGAAUCUUUUAAAUGUGUAUUGUUCCAAUUGUUUUAACGGUAACUGUAAUAUUUCCAACUAGAUGCGAUUGUACUGUUAGUGAUCUCGGAGUUGCGAAAACUAUUAUCAGUUAAACUGAAUUUAAUCAAAUAUAUCUUAAAUCGAAUUUAAAUGCAAUGUUAGGUACUUCGGUAUUGCCACAAUCGAAAUUAUUUCUUCAGUAUAUCGGUGUUGCCCAUAUGAAAUAUAUGAACUAAAGGA